ACCCCCCCUCUCUAACUGUUCUCAUUCAUUCCCUCUACCUACUCACACACACUUCUUCUCUCACACACAGUACACAAUCUACUGUAUGUGAGUGUUGCAACUUCUUAUUUUACGGAAUACAAUACAAUCUCGGAUUCUUACUUCUCCCCUGUGGGCACUUCUAAACUUUUUCUCAGGGAUUUUUUUCUCUCACAACCUGGCAACCCGUAGAGAGCAGCAAGCAGCAGUUGCCAGAACAAGAGGAUGUGUCCUAUCCCUGGAGAGAAAAGAUAGAAGAGUCUGAGCUGAAUCUUAACGAGGACGUGGAUCUGUCGGAGGAGAUCUGAGGAGACGACCAGGAACAGGAGAGAAGAGGAGGAGAAGGAGGGAUAAAAGAGGAGGAGGACAGAGCAUGGGCCAUUCCUGUUUGUGGAUUUUUCUGCUGUCCCUGUCUCUCUCCCACCAGGCAGUCACUGAACAGGCAGAAGCAUGUCGGACGGCGGAGCCUGCAGACCUAGUGUUCUUGGUGGAUGAGUCGUGGGGCGUGGGCCAGACCAGCUUCUCCAGGGUUAAGGACUUCAUCUCGGCCAUCAUGAAUUCCUUUCAGGACAGCGUGGUGGGAUCCGAGGGCAUCCGCUUUGGAGUCACCGUCUACGGAGAUAUACCCAGGAUGCGUAUCGCCCUGACAGACUACAGUAGUCUCGAGGAGGUCCUGAGGGCAGUAAAGGACCUCCCCUUUGAAGGCGGGGCCAGUCGAACGGGCGACGCCCUCCAGUUCCUGGUGGAUUAUGUCUUCAGUGCGGCUAUCACCAGGGACAAUACCCCCAAGAUUGCUGUCCUGAUCACAAACGGCCGUUCGGAUGACCAGGUGGAUGGGCCGGCCAAGGCUGUCACAGACAAUGGAAUCUCUAUCUAUGCAGUGGGGGUGAGAGGAGCCGACGAAUCAGAGCUGCGCAGGAUUGUGACUGAGCCCCACGAGGAACACCUGUUGCUAGCCGCUGACUUCUCUCUCCUGGAUGCUCUCCUGCCCAAACUGUCCCGAAGAAUCUGUUUCACCGCCUCUGAAGCCCCACGGCCCGUCAAACACACCCCGGCCGUGGAGGAGCGUGUGGUGGGUCCCCGGGACCUCCAGGUGAGUGAGCUAGCCUACAGUAGUCUGAGGCUGACCUGGAGCCAGGCCACGGGGGACGUCACCGGCUACCGCCUCCUGGUCACCCCCCUCAGUCCCAAGGGACAGCUGCUGCCCAGCCUGCAGACACAGAUUGAUCUGAAAGGUGAUGAGAGGACAUCUCUAGUGACAGAGCUGACUCCUAAGACAGAGUACUCUCUGACUGUCUACGCCAUCUACCCUGGCCUCAUUGGAGACUCUGCCACCAUCAUUACACAGACACCGCCUGUGCCUCCUGUCUCAAACUUCCGUGUGAUGGAGGAGGGCCUCUUCUCUCUGAGGUUGGCAUGGACACCACCUCUAGGGAAGCUCGAGGGAUACAAGAUAUUCAUCCCCAGAUCCGACCGGCCAGGACUGACCUAUGAGCAGGUGCUGCGCGGCGACACCUCCUCCCAUGUGAUUGACAGCUUGGAGGAGGAUAAGAAGUACACUGUCAGUAUCUUUGCUAUCUACCCCCAGGGCCCCAGCCAACCUGUCUCGAUCGUCGGCAAAACACUGAAACUGGUGCCAGUGCAGCAGCUCCUGGUCCAAAACGCCACCACAGACACCGUCCAGGCCCGCUGGGGCUCAGUGAAGGGGGCCACGGGGUAUCGCCUCACCUGGUCCUCCUCAGAGGGCCAUAGAGAGAAUGUGAACCUGGGGGAGACCUUUAACUUCUACAUGAUCCAGGGACUCCACCCAGGCACUGAGUACGCCAUCACCAUCAACCCCAUCUUUGUGGACAUCGAGGGCCCUGUCAUCUCUACCCCAGCCAAGACACUGGAGAGCAGUGCAGUCCAGACUCUGAAGGCAUCGGCAGUGAGCACCAACAGUGCCAUGGUCUCCUGGAACUCUGUCCCUGGGGCCACCGGCUACAGACUAGCCUGGGGGCCCACUCCAGAGUUUGUGGGUCGGGACCGUCCUAGGCAGCUGGCUCUGAACGGCUCCACCACAGAGCACCUUCUGAAGAACGUGGUCCAUGACACAGAGUAUGUCCUGUCUCUUUACGUCCUGUUUGGAUCGCUGGUGGGUCCCGGCGUCUCAGCUACCUUCCGCACCUCCCCUUUGGGAUAUGUGUCUAACUUCCACGUGACUUCCUACACCAGUACCUCCAUCGACGUGGAGUGGAGUCCCGUCGUGGGGUCCACCGAGUACAAACUCACCUGGAACAUCGAUGGCAACACUCCCCAGUCCCAGUAUUUGGACCGCAGCGUUCUGUUCCACCGCACUGAGGGCCUCAACCCAGAGACAGUCUACAUAGUCAGCAUCCACGCUGUCUACGGCAACACAGAGGGGCCAGAAAUCUCCCUCUCACAGCUCACAGCGUCGGUGACAGAGUCAGAGCUGAUCCAGGCGGUCAAGGAGGUGAAGGUGGUGGAUGUCGGAGUCAACUCCUUCAUACUGACCUGGAGGAGAACACCUGGGGUCACUGGCUACAAGAUCUCCUGGAGCCCCUUCCAUGGUGGCGAUGAGAAGUCCCAGCUAGUCUCUUCCUCCACGACCUCCUUCACCAUCCCUAAGUUACAGGAGAGCUCGGCCUAUAAGAUCCAGGUGGCAUCUAUGGGGGGCCGAGAAGGGAGCCCGUUCCUGGUCACUGCACGCACCUUGGACCUGCCUAAAGUGAACGGCUUCGCAGCGCUGAACACCACAGACAGCAGCACUUCCCUCAACUGGAUCAGAGUUGCCGGGGCUUCUGGGUACCUGCUCUCCUGGAGGCACAUCUCAGAGUUGGACACCAAAAAGGAGAAGCUUGGCCCUUCUGCCAGCAUGUUUAAGCUGAGUGAUCUGCUGUAUGGCAGGACCUACAUCUUCACCAUCAGACCUCUGUAUGGAGAGGUGGAGGGACCCAUCACCUCUAUCAACCACAGGAUAGUGGCCAAGGACCGUCCUCUGGUGCCUGUCCAGUCUUUACCUGUCACGCCUUCCCCUCUCCUCCCUCACACCCUCACCGCCUCCCACCCCAACGCAGCCAAAGCCCACACCCUCACCGCCUCCCACCCCAAAGCCACCAAAGCCCACACCCGCUCCACCGUCACCAAAGCCCCCUCCAAAACCACCGCCGGCACCGCCAAGAAACCCCCAAGCACCACCGUUGUCAAAACAGCUGCAGCCACCACCAGCGUCGGCCAUCUUACCACCAAUACCAGAAACGUAUUGGCUUUGGAUACAGAGACAACUGUUGGACCAGGGCCAGUGUGUGGCAGGGUGAAGGCAGACAUAGUGUUCCUGGUGGAUGAGUCAUGGAGCAUCGGAUCCAAUAACUUUGCCAAGCUCAAGGACUUCCUGUUCCGGGUUGUCACCUAUUUCCUGUGA